AUGGAGAACCGCACGCACACUCAUGCAAUCGUGACCUCGUACAAGUCAGCGUUACCAUGCACCGUGAUGGAGAACCGCACUCAUGCAAUCGUGACCUCGUACAGAUAUUAUGAGAAGUCCCGUACCUCCGCGCUUCCCGCGGUGCGCGGCCGGCCCGUGCAGCCGCAGCUGGACCUCAAGCACCUGCUGCCCUUCCGGCUCAACGGCUCCUCGCCGCUCAGCCUCUUCCCAAACUUCAACACGAUGGACCCUGUGCAAAAGGCGGUGAUCAAUCACACUUUUGGCGUCCCGCAGCCCCUCAAGAAGAAGCAAAUCAUCUCCUGCAACAUUUGCCACCUGCGCUUUAACUCCACGAACCAGGCGGAGGCUCACUACAAAGGCCACAAGCACACACGCAAGCUGAAAGCCAUCGAAGCACAGAAGAACAGGCAGCGGCGGGCUGGCGAGGCGUCGUCCGGCGGGAGGGAGCGGGAUAGAAAGCGGGACAGGACUAAGAUGUCGGAGGUUGUGGCGCCGUCCAAUGUCGUGGACCCCAGCUCAGAGGAGGGAACAAGUCUUCAUUCGGACCUGGAACCAUCAUCCCUGGACAUCAAAAUUGCGGAAAGUCCCAGGAGCUCGGCCAUGCUGACGCCUGUGUCGGAUGUGUCGGCCGGUGAGCUGGCGGCGCUCUCCCCUGUGCAGGUCUCGCCAUCCUCGCAGCUCUCUGAGGGGGCUUCCGACUCUGGUGGCCCAGAGGCAACGGAUGCUGCCGACGCUGCGGAGGCCGGCUUGAGCGGCCGGGCAGACACAUCCAGCGCUGAUGGAGAGCCACAGACAGAUGAGGAUGCCAAGAAGAGCAAAGCGCAUCUCCACUGUCCCGUCUGCAAAGUGACGAUGAACUCCAGCUCACAGCUGGAAGCCCACAACAGCGGUACGAAGCACAAGAUGAUGCUGGAGGGUCAGACCGUGCUGCCCCGCCGGCGCGGCAGGAUGGCGGCGGCUCGCGCCAGCUAUAAGAGCAAGAGGCUGGCUAGCAAAGGCAGCCUGAGCGUGUCCAGCAAGAGCUUCCAAUGCGAACUGUGCGAGAUCUUUGUCAACUCCGAGACGCAACUCACCCAGCACAUGAACAGCAGACGGCACAAGGAUCGAAUGGCAGGAAAACCACCCAAGCCCAAAUUUACCCCACACAGCAAGAGCCAGCAGACCAGCUUAGCGAGCAUGCGAUGGAGCGGCUGUGCGGGCACGGCUGUGUCGGCCAUGAAGAAAGCUUUGGGCCACUACAGCCUCACCACGCUCUCCUCGCAGACCAAACUGGCCUUGCAGAAGCAGCUGACCAAGAGCUUGACCACGGGCUUCCUGCCCAACCCCCUUGCACCGCCCACCCUGUGCGCGGUGGCCGCCAACCCGCUGGCGCUGCGCCACCCGAUGGGCGCCGCCUCCGCUGCCUUCAUACAGACGCCCUUCCUUGGGUCCGCGCUUUUCCGGCCCGCUCCGGGGCCUCUGCGGCCUGCACACGCGCCCAUCAUUUUCUCCCCGUACUAAUGCCCCCCCUCCUUGGUGUCCCCCUUGGUGUCCCCUCUAUCUGUGUGACCAAACUAUGCAGUCAGCCUGUCUUAAGGAAGAGUGGCGAUCCCCCCAUCGCGCCUUCUUCCUGUUCCGGUGGUCACCGGUGAGGGAGCGAGGGCCACAUUGAUAGCCAUUAAAUGGGAUGAAGGGGGGGCUUUACGGCUGUUACCGUGUCGUUUUGUAGACGAGUCUAGCUGUACGUUUAAGAUAAGUUCCCUUUACUUGAGCGCUUUUCAAAGCGUGAGACUGAGAAACUCGGCAGCUUGGCAAAUACAGAGCAAAUGUGAGUCCAAUAUGGACACAUAUAUUUGAGAGGUGAGAACUUCUAAGAAGGUGAGACAGUUUAUGCGAAAAAUAAAGAUGUUUUUUAUGCUAAGCUAACUUCAGCAACACCAUCAACACUGUGAGUCACAAGAACUCAAAG